CAAUUCAAUUCAUGUCUUAACCCAAACAAACACAUUCAAAUUUCGUCUUUCUUUCUCUCUUGUUCUCACUUCACUACUAAAUUUCAAAUUGGACCCUAAACAUGGCCUCAAAUUACUAUUUUGCCAUCGUUCUUUCUGCAGUAUUGCUUCUUGUUCUACCUACACUCUCCUUUGGAGAGCUUGUACAGGAACAACCUCUUGUACUCAAGUACCAUAACGGCCAGCUUCUUAAAGGAAAGCUCACCGUUAAUCUAAUCUGGUACGGAACAUUCACUCCAAUCCAACGCUCCAUAAUCGUCGAUUUCAUAAACUCUCUCAGCACCACCGGUGCGGCUCUUCCAUCAGCCUCCGCGUGGUGGAAAACCACAGAAAAAUACAAGGUUGGAUCCUCUGCUCUUACCGUAGGGAAACAGUUCCUACACCCUGCUUAUACACUUGGAAAGAAUCUAAAAGGAAAAGAUCUUCUCGCUUUAGCUACGAAAUUUAAUGAACUCUCUUCUAUAACUGUUGUGCUAACGGCGAAAGAUGUUAACGUUGAAGGAUUCUGUAUGAGUCGUUGUGGGACCCAUGGUUCUGUCCGACGUGGCAGUGGUGGAGCGAGAACUCCUUAUAUUUGGGUUGGAAACGCUGAGACGCUCUGUCCCGGACAAUGCGCGUGGCCUUUUCAUCAACCUAUUUACGGACCACAGACACCGCCGUUAGUUGCACCUAACGGUGACGUUGGUGUUGACGGGAUGGUGAUAAACUUGGCUACACUUUUGGCCGGUACCGUUACGAAUCCGUUUAACAACGGGUAUUUUCAGGGACCAGCAGCGGCGCCGUUGGAGGCUGUGACGGCGUGUACUGGUGUUUUCGGAAGUGGCGCUUAUCCGGGUUAUGCGGGUCGUGUUCUUGUUGAUGGGGCAAGUGGAUCGAGCUACAAUGCGCACGGUGCUAAUGGGAGGAAGUACCUUUUGCCGGCGAUGUGGGACCCUCAAACUUCGGCAUGCAAGACUCUCGUCUAAGGUGGGGACCGGAUAAUUGACACGUGGCAUAAUAUGGUGUAGAUAUAUAUGGUGGGUUGAUAAAUAUGGGGCAGGUGAAUGAUGCUCUGGGAAGGGGAAGUGUAUUUUUAAAUUUUAAAGCAGCUUUGUCGUUUAGUGUGACGUGUAAAUUCUGUUUCUAAAGACUAAAAAGGAAUGUUAUUAUAAAAAACUUGUUAUAAAUCUGGAAAACGUUUGAAAAAAAAAA